CAGCGUCCUCUAGUGGCAAAGAGCCACCCAGGACAGCGUCCUCUAGUGGCCCAGAGCCACCCAGGACAGCGUCAUCUAGUGGCAAAGAGACACCCAGGACCGCAUCCCCAGGUGACCAUAACAAUCAGACGACGACGGAUUCCAUUCACCAGAAGCCGUCCCAUCUCAUCCGUUCCAGCAAAGGGCAGUCGAAUUCCAGUAUGAUCUCAAAAUCCACUAUAACCGGCAGACAUUCUACAGAUUCUAAAAGAGACACAUUCUCAGACCCUUCUGGGAGCACAAAGGAGUCGGCAAGGCAACAGAUCCGCAAAGAAUUGAGGGAUAACUAUGUCUCAACCAGAAAAUCACUGCAGCACAGCUCUGGGCCAGAGGACACAAGGCAACAUGCGUCCAAGCAGAAGAACACUGCGUCCGCCACCCCGCUGAUGAAGAGGACCAAGAAUCAGGCGAUGCGGAUGCCAAGCGGUUGGCCUCAGCGGAACAUCUCCGCGGAAGUCCCCAGGAGCGAGGAAAAAGACAGAGUUCCGGAGUUGGAGGAGGAACCACCAAGCGGGUUGAAGCCAGGUGACCAAGUGUACCUAAAGGGGUUCAGGAGAAGAUACAAAGUCACCAACGCAACACAAACAUUCUUCCAGGUGGAAGGAAGUGCCACGUGGUAUCACCUCAGCCACUGCACAAGAGCCGCUCAACCUAGGACAAGGGAACAGCGUGUGGAGGAGCGUGAGAAGGAGCCAGAUGCAGACAUGCCUGGGGCUGACCAGCUACCACAGGACCAGACCCAGCCGAGCCAGGAGCAACAGCUACACGAUGAUGCUGAAAAUGGCGAGCUUGCUCCUGAUCCUCUACGGGUUGGGCCAGAUUCCACUGGCUCAAGGACAGGACCAGAGGAAGGAUGAAACGGAGACAACGCAGAUCUGGAAAAGCCAGGAAUCAGGGGCUGGUACUGAAGGAAGCGUAAGAGAAACACAGGAAAAUCCAGCCCUGACACAUUCAGGAAUAGUUAAAAAGGAAGAUAGAAUAGUCUUGUAUGCUCAGAAACCACUGCAAAACCAAGUUAAUACAUUUGUUUUUACUGUUAUGUCAGGUAACCAAUCAUUAUGUGCAUUAACUUUCCACCGGAUGCAUGAACUAGCUCAGAGGAAAAGUCAGUGUGAAGUGCAUAUUCAGCCAAAACCAAUUAAAUGGUGUUUAACAGUAAAGUCAAUAAAGACAUGGGACUACAAAAGCGAGUAUGAAUUACAUAUGAAAGGAUAUUUGCUUCUUGAAGUAGUCUCAGAAAGAACGUUCAAUUUUACACUAGAAAUAGAAGACCCUUGUCUAAUCAAAAAUCAACAGGGUAAGGUCGUUGAAAUCGAACACAGCAAUUCAGUAUAAGCUUCAGAUAAUGACAGAGUAAACACAACCACAGCCACCGAUAAAGUAGAUCAACCUCCAGUUAGAGAUAAUGGGAAAGAUUCACUUGUAACCGCUGAUGGAUUAAAUUCGACUCUAGAUGCAAGUAAGAUUAAUGAAACUUCAGAUAUCAGUGAUUUAGCACAACCUUCAGUCACUAAUGUAACUUAUAUUAGAGAGGAAACAACAAUACUAGCAACCACUAGUCUAACUCCAAUUCGAGAAGAAAACCACAAUCAUGAGUGAGCAAAUAAACAAACUAGCAACAAAUGGUACAGCAGCUACUGUUCAGAGUAAGAUAAGACUAACAACAAGGAUGGCAGAAGUAGAGGUGACCUCAACAAUAAUACCAAAAGAGAAUAACAUAGAAGCCCUGGCAACCGCAAUAACAAUGGUCAAUUCCGAAACUAUGAUAAAUGAGAUCGCAAUAUCAACUUUCACAUCCGAAACUAUUGCGGUUGGAAUCUUAACAUCGACACCCAUGUCUCUUGAAGAGACUCUAGUAGAGCAGACAAACAUUCCUGAGGAUGAAAAGGAUGUUGAAAGUAUUGGUCGCCACUCAACAGCAAGAACCCUAAAACUGUAUAAACCUGACCCCUAUGGACGCAUUAGGGUAAGGACGGCAGACCGGUUGUUCAGACAAGCAAAAGAAAAUCGGUGGUAUAAAUAAUACCAAACAAAUGUUCAUGUUGAAGUGGGAUUAGAAUGUUAUCAAAACGAUGCCAGCGAUGUAGGUAGUAUACCAGAGGAACAAUGUAAAAUAAUUUGGAAUGUCACACUAUUCGAUAUCGACGGGAAAGGACUGUCAGGUCAACCACCUGCGAUCAAAAUUGUUCAGCUUUUACCAGGCUCUCGGCAGAAGUCUAGGGAGAACUAUAUGGAAAUGUUGUGGAGAGCUAGGGCAUUCGUAAGCCAGGACAGAGUGGUGGCAGAUCAGUUUUGGCUCUGCGGCAAUAAAAUGUUUCGUCCUAUACUUGCUGAGAUGUGGAGACGUAGAUGCGCAAAAGUGCAAGUGGUUACAGAGAUUUCAAUAUUACCAUCAAUAAAUGAUGCUGUUGGUAACUCAGAAAGUAAUAACCUAAACGGGCGGAAAAGAGCAUAUGAACCAGACGAGAACAUAAAAAUUGAUAAAAUAGGACAACCCAGAGGCAUACCCAAUAAAUUCAAGGCACGAAGUGAAAUAGCAGCAGGAUUUAAGGCACUACUGCCAGCAAUCGGAAUUGCCAAAAAUGCGGAAUGGAUCAAUUUCAAAGGUUUAUCAACUACACGGAUGAUGCUUUAUCCGCUUGAGGGCAAAUAACUGACAGCCACAAGCGCUGUGGCUUGGCAGAACAGACAGGCCUUAGAUUGGCUCUUAGCAGAAAAGAGAGGAGUUUUUGCUCUUAUAGGUGAAAUGUGCUGUGCCUUCAUCCCAAAUAAUACUACUCCAGAUGGAUCAUUCACACUCGCGAUGUAUAAUCUAAAACCUUAAGAAAGGAGUGAAAGGAUAAUGCAGGCCAUGACCAGGGAAUGUUUGGAUGAAUAGAAACAAGGUUUGGUAUGUGGGGGAUGGUGCUAGCCAAAAUAGGUAUAGUGCUUUUGAUAGUACUAACAGUGGUAGGAUUGAUUUUCUGCUGUUGUAUUCCGAUAGUCAGAUAUGUGAUAGCAAUAGCAUCCAGGCUUUCUAAGGAGAUGGCCCUCAUGGUGACUGGCAUAGAUGAGUCGGAUGAUUGGGAGAGGAAGCUCUAAGGGGAGAUAGAUCAGAUUGAAACUAGAGAGGAGAGCGGAAUGUGAGAAUCGGACACCAGGAGGAGGUCUUAGGUCAAACUGGUGACCUCUCCAUGUAGGCCAUACCCUUUGCAGACAGAGUGAACAAAUGGACAUUGGACUCAUGGGCUCCAGGGCCUGAUGACUGCGAACAGGAGCAGCAACUACGACAAUGUCCAAAACCCCCCACAUGUAUCCAGCUCACCAAUACAUGAAGAUCACCAGAGCCAUCUUUUGAGUAUAUUAUUAUGUCACAUAUUUCUGAAAUGCUGA